AUGUCUGAUUACUUGUUGCAAGGUAACUUUUGGCGAGGCCUAUUCGGUGGCUAUAGUGGUAGUCCAAACAAACUGAACAGUGAACGGAGAGCUUUUUCGAAUGUAUGCAGCCUUCACAGUUGUGCCCAGGGACAGUAUCAGGAUGAGAUAGUGGAGACGUAUCAAUGUCCAUUGUUUAUGCCUACGUCGCCUGACGGCUGCCGUCUAGUACUCCAAACAACAUCAGCUUCAUAUGAAAGCAUGACCUCCCCAUAUCUUGGAAGAAACGUUCCUAGUAUAGCCUCGGCCAAGCUGGGUGGUAUCAACUCAUGCAAACCAGGAGGUGGCAAUACCAGCGUGUCAAGAAGGUCUUUUUAG